AUGACCAAAGUAGAUUUUUGGCCAACUCUCAAGGAUGCAUACGAACCACUCUAUCCGCAGCAGCUAGAGAUUCUGCGCCAGCAAGUGGUCUCUGAGGGGGGCCCCACCGCCACUAUACAGUCAAGGUUUAACUACUCAUGGGGGUUGAUCAAAUCCACUGACGUAAAUGAUGAAAGACUCGGUGUGAAAAUCCUCACAGACAUUUACAAAGAGGCCGAGUCCCGUAGACGGGAAUGCCUAUAUUACUUGACCAUCGGUUGCUACAAGCUGGGUGAGUACUCCAUGGCAAAGCGAUACGUGGACACGCUGUUCGAACAUGAGCGGAAUAACAAGCAGGUGGGUGCUUUGAAGAGUAUGGUGGAGGACAAGAUUCAGAAGGAAACACUCAAAGGUGUUGUCGUCGCUGGGGGCGUACUAGCCGGUGCUGUGGCCGUGGCUAGUUUCUUUUUAAGAAACAAAAGAAGGUAG